AAGGGGCGUGGCUGCUUGGAGGAGGCGGAGCCCGAGAGGAGCCACCGCCCCGCUCCCGAAGCCCCGCCCCACCCUCUUUUCUCCCGUUCGGCGGCUGAAGUCACCUGGAUUGUCUCCGCUGCCUUUCCUCCGCGGGUUCCUCCUCGCCUGCUUCGGCGCUGGAUCCUUCUUCGCAAGAGGCUGCUUCCUCGGCCCCGAUUCUGCCAGCUGGAGCUGCCUGGAAAAAGCCUCUUGCCAAAUCUUGGCCUGCAGGGCCCUUCAAGUGAACAGCCUCCAGAAACGAUGCAACGGGGAAAACCCUUGGAGCCAAAUCCCCCUCAGAGGACCCGGGAGAGACUCUCCACGUGCUCUGAGUGUGGGAAACCCUUUGCUUACCGGUCCCUCCUUUUGAUCCACCGGAAGCUGCACACGGGGAACAGAUCCCAUCUGUGUUCGGCAUGUGGGAAAUCCUUUCCUGAAGCGUGGGCCUUUGCCCAGCAUCUCAGGAGCCAUCCUGGACUGAGGCCUUACAAAUGUGGAGAGUGCGGGAAGCGUUUUGCUAAAGGCUCGGAUCUUGGAGCCCAUCAGCGGAUCCACCAGGGAAAGAGACUUCGGGAAUGCCAGAAUGGGCGGAAAAGACUGGGCUUGUCUCAGAGCUCAGAGCUGCUUCAACAUCAGGAAAUCCACCCAGGAGAGAAAUCUUACAAGUUCGGGCCAGGCGGGAAGGGCCUCCCUCAGAAGUCACAGCUUUGGCUCCAUGAGAAGGAUCACCCAGAAAUAAAGUCUUACCGAUGCUUUGCGUGUCAAAGAACCUUCCCUGAAAUUUCCUCUCUUCGGAAACAUGAGAGUCAGCACACUGCUCCGGGAAGGGGAGAGUGUCCAGAAUGUGGGAAGUUUUUCACUUGGAAAUUAAGCCUGGUGCGACAUCGGAGAAUUCACUCUGGGGAGAAACCCUACGAAUGCCCAGAAUGUGCGAAGCAAUUUACGUAUUCUCAUGAUCUUGUAAAACACAAAAUGACGCACAAAGGAGAGGAAUGUGAGGAGGGUGGGAAACGGUGUCUCUCACGGACACAGACUGGGAUUCAUCAGAGCAGCCACACAGGAGAGAAGCCCUACAAAUGUGGGGAGUGUGGAAACUCCUUUGUUCAAAAGGGAGGCCUCUUUGAACAUCAGAAGAUUCACUCGGGGGAGAAGCCCUUUCGGUGCAUCGAGUGUGAAAUGUUUUUUUAUACAAGAGGAGGCCUCAAACGCCACGGGCAGGUUCACAAAGGGGCAAAAGAUUACAAAUGUUUAGACUGUGGGGCAGCGUUUGCUUAUUUGUCGACCCUUAGAAAACACAACCGCAUAAAGCACGUCGGAGUGACGUCCCUGAAAUGUUUGGAGUGCGGUAAGUGUUUUUCCAGGAAUGACAGCCUUUUGAGGCAUCAGAGAAUUCACACCAGAGAAAAACCUUAUAAAUGCCUGGAGUGUGGGAAAUCUUUUGCUUACAAAGACUAUCUUAAAGUCCACGAGAGAGUUCACACAGGAGAGAAGCCUCACACCUGCAGGGAAUGUGGGAAGGACUUCGUUCGUAGUUGUGACCUUCGGACUCAUGAGGAGAUUCACACAGGACUAAAACCUCAUAAGUGCUUUGAGUGCGGAAAAACUUUCGGUUGGGGUUCGUCUCUUCGGAGGCAUAAGAAAACACACGGCAGGCAGAAAAAAGAAGCCCAAAAGAAAACACAUUAAAAAGAAAAUAUGCAACUGGAAGGCCAAAUAGGACUGUCCGUUUUGGGAGGGGGAAAUGGCAUUAGGAUUGAGACAAAAAUAGAGCCUUUGUGUAUUUUUAUGAUGGAUACGAAUUGUAUGUGAUUGCAAAAUAAUUACAUUAAGGCUGGAAUGAAAACAAAAAGGAUAGGUUAA